UGUAUAAGAAGUGUUGGACGUUCAACAAGGGAUUUUACACAGCUACUCAGGAGAAACGAAAUGAUCUGCCCUGGAGCCGCAGCAAAAUGCUGGAUGGACACCUACUCCUGGGAUGGUUAUCGUUCACUGUCAUAGUGUUUCUUCUCAACUUGCCUGGACCAACUGCAGCAUAUUUCGGGUUGACAGGUAAUGAACCGUUGUCUAUCCUGCCACUGAACUCUCUACCAGAGGAGAACGUGGGCAGGGCCCACUACAAGCUCUGCGACCGGCUCAAACUGGAGAAGAAGCAGCGCAGGAUGUGCAGACGAGACCCGGGUGUGGCUGAGACCCUGAGAGAGGCCAUCACCAUGAGCGCUUUAGAAUGCCAGUAUCAAUUCCGCUUUGAGAGAUGGAACUGCACCUUAGAGGGGCGCCACCGAGCCAAUAUAUUAAAGAGAGGGUUUAAAGAGACAGCCUUCUUGUAUGCCAUCUCCUCGGCAGGCCUAACCCAUGCGCUGGCCAAAGCUUGCAGCGCAGGACGCAUGGAGCGCUGCACGUGUGAUGAGGCCCCGGACCUUGAGAACCGUAAGGCGUGGCAGUGGGGAGGCUGCGGAGACAACCUCAAAUACGCAAACAAGUUUGUCAAGGACUUCCUGGGCAAACGCUCCAACAAGGACCUGCGCGCACGUGUGGACAUGCACAACACAAAUGUGGGCAUGAAGGUAAUCAAGGCCGGAGUGGAGACCACUUGCAAAUGCCACGGUGUCUCCGGCUCCUGCACCGUCCAGACCUGCUGGAGGCAGCUCCUGCCCUUCCACGAGAUCGGCAAGCAGUUGAAGCAACGCUAUGAGACCUCCAUUAAGGUCGGCAGCUCAACCAACGAGGCCACGGGGGAGGGAGAGAUCUCUACAGGCCGGAGCCAGCAGCAACAGCAGCAGCAGCAGCAACAACAGCAGCAGCAGCAACAGCAGCAGCAACAGCCCGUGCCUGGCCUGAAUGAUCAGAUCCCUCGCACUAUGGACUUGCUGCACAUUGAGGACUCGCCCAGUUUCUGUAGACCCAGCAAGUACUCGUCGGGCACGGCAGCCCGUAAGUGCUACAAGGACAAGAACUGCGAUGCAAUCUGCUGCGGGCGAGGCCAUAACACUCAAAGUAGGGAGGUGACCCGGCCCUGCCAGUGCCAAGUGCGCUGGUGCUGCUACGUUGAAUGCAAGCAGUGCACACAGAGGGAGGAGGUCUACACCUGCAAAGGGUAAACCAGUGACCUGUCAGCCCCUACGAUCAGUGGAGAAGGAAAGAUGGUCGUGUUGAAGAGGAGUGGUUGUGGAUUUUGCUUCCACUGUCGGAACAGUGUUCUGCAUACAAAAGAGGAGUGAGCUGAUGGAGGAGCAAUAAGCACUUUGAGGGAUUUCUGUGGGUUGUGUUUCAGAGAUCUUGUGGCCCCCACGUCUGGGGUUUGCAGAUAAAAUAAACCUUGUCAGACAACUGGGUCAACAUCUCAAGCCUUUUUUUUUUUUUUUGAAUCACGGCUUUGCCUUGAAGAAAGAUGCUUUUAAUAUUUUAAUUUUUUAAAAUCCAAUUGCAUCUUUUCAAAAGAAAACAGAGAUUAGUGUCCAGCUAAUGAAGAUCCAACACGAGGACAGUAACACCAACAGACUGGUUUCUGGGGUCUUGCCCAAAGAAGAAUAGUGUGUGUGCUUGUUUGUCAAUCUUUACAUGUGUGUUUGUGCGUGAGCAUGUGAUAGAUAGUGUGGGGGGAGGGGGGUUGGAAUGACGACUUUUAUGGCGAUAAAAACCAUAUUCAGAGACUGUUGAAAAAAAAAAAAAAAAAAAAGACAGGGUGUAAGAUUUACUCUACACGCACAUAUUACACUCACACACAUUGUGUGCUUGCAUAUGUAUGUACAUAAAUUCAGUUAUAUUGUAAUGAUAUUAUACAAGCCACUUAUCUAACUAUGUUAAAACAAACCACUAACCACACAAAUGUUUUAUUGUUUGUGUGCUCUCGCUCAUUUUUCUUCCUGAUUCAUGUUGACAAGGCCAUUUGGAAAGCAGAACACUUGUGUCCGUUGUCUUGCUGUGGAUAAUUUAUAAAUCCUUUGGGACUACUCCUUCACAGGAAAAAUAAUCUCUUUUUUUCUUUUUCUUUUUUUUUCUUUUUUUUUUAAUAUAAUAUGAAGCUGUUAGUAAUUGCAUUAACAGAAAAUAACCAGUCAGUUUAGGCUAUUCUUGGCCUUGAGCAAACCAGUGUUCAGGAAAUAACUUAAACCACUAUAACUAUUUGGAAAGAAAUAGUGUAAAGACAAGAAAAUCCAAGAUGGAAAUGACAGUGGCAUUAAUAUUAAAGCCAACAACAUUGCAACAGGUGACUCACACUAGAAAUUGCGGAGCUCUUCGGAGCUUAAAUCUACUUUAUUUUUGUUUGUUUAACUUUUAAUACUUUUAAGUUGUAAAGAAAACUGGGGAGAACUGGAGGAAUGUAGCCCCCUACCAUUUCACAUCCUGCUUUCCUCUUCAGCUGCCACAAUUUGAUUGAGCCAUAUUGAACAUAUGUAGACAUGCAGCAUGCAUGUACAGUGGGAGUUGCAUCUGUCAGUCCAAACAGUAUGGAGGCAACUGAGACGGAAAUCUAACUUGACGGGUCUGCAGAGUUGUUCAAGUGAAAUUGAAUGUGUAAGUCUCACGGCUAAUAAAAAUAUAUUUUAUAAGACUAAUAUUUGUUUAAUGUUCAGCAAAUUGAAUUGGGGUUUUGCAAAUUAGCUCUCUUCAUUCAAAAGUCAGUGAAGUUGUUAUAAUACAUGAGUUAAUUAGCAUUUUUAUUUUGUUGCUUGGCACAAAGUAACAUAGUUGACACAAUGCAGCAUACUAAACCCUGCCAUGCACCUACAGUGACAGUUUAAAGGAAAUGUUUUGGAAUAUACUCAUAUUCACUUUCUUGCCAAGAGUUAGAUGAUUGAUACUGCUCUCAUGUGUAAAGCUACAGCUAGCCAGUUAGCUUAGUUUAGCAUAAAGACUAGAAACAUGAAAAAUAACAUGCUAAUCAGUGAGCUUUAGAGAUGGUUGUAGGCAAAUUGUGUUACCUGUCAGUGUGCACAUAGCCGGGCUAGCUGUAUCUCCGUUUCCAGGCUUUGUGGUAAGCAAAGUUAACUGGCCGUUGGCUGUAGUUUCAUAUUUACCAGACAGAUAUGAGAGUGGCAUUGAUCUUCUCAUCUAAUGCCUCUGAACACAAAAAAAACAAUGCAGACAAUAAUACUUUAUUGUGUUCUCUGCACCCAGCUUCUGGAAACAUUAUGUUAUAAACUAUAAGAUACGACUUGUUUUAGAUUGGUGUGAAUUUAACUACUGAGUGAGGGACCCAGCUUUGUAUUAUAGCGUCAAUCACGCACUGAAGCCCAAAAUCCCUUUAAAGUAUUUUAAGAUCUGUAUUUAUGGAUACAGUGCAGUGCAGAUAUUUUUUUUUUUAUAAUUGUAAAUAGCAAAGGUUUCUUCUCCUGUGGUAUAGAGACAAAAGUGAGGCACAUGUUCAACUCUCACAAGCAAUUGAAACAGAAAUUGGUAGCAUUGACUAACUUAAGACAUUUGUGGAAACAGCACACAGAUGCUGUAACAAGAUGGUUACAGAUUGUAAUCAGCGAUGCAGCAACAUGCCAAACAUCCCUAAAAGUGGCUUUUACCUUUUAAGAGAUGGUUUAGUCUUUAAAGUUGAUUAACACAAUAUUUGAAGUUAAAGCACCCUCCUUGACAGCAGUAUCAUGCUUUAGGAAGAAAGCCUUGCAUGGGUUAUUUGUCCCAAGGAGAUGAAUUCCAAGCAUUUUGAUAUGAGAAGGCAAGCCAAAUAAAGACUGGUCAAAACAUAUACAUAGAACUUUGCACGCUACAUGGAAACCAUAAUAGCUAUGCUGAGACCUGAAGCAUAAAUGCCUGCUUCCCACAGCUUUUGGAGUGUGCGUUACACACACACACACACAAACACACACACAAACACACACACACACACACACACCACACACACACACACACACACACACACACACACACACCUCAGCCCAAACACACUGAUGUUCUCUACUAUUGAGUGGUUUUAAAACAGGCAUGACAGGAAUACCAAAUGCACACCAAGUGCAUUUUUGUUUGUUUAUAGAUUGUACAUAGACCUAAAAAUUUCUCCCAAGAAAGAGAAGCAUGAUGCAGCAGCCAGUUGGUUUUUAGAUGUCACAGUCAUCCAUAUUCUCAAAUCUAACACUCUGCACUGUGGAGUCGUCAGUGGAUCAUGUACAAAAUUCUGUUUUGUAGAAAAAAAUAAAGAUAAAUUAUUUUUAAAUAUAUUAUGAGCAUGUGUUUAGUGUAAAUAACGUCAAAGUCUAAAUUGAUUUUAUAUCCUGUAUUUUUUACUUUGUUUUUCUUUUGGGUGUUUGUUCCUUUUUGGGGUGAAGGCUUUGAGAAGCAGUGUAUACUUCAACAUAUUUAAUUUCAUAUCUCACUGUUCAUCUAAGCACUAACAAAUCCUAACGAAUUUAGAAUCAACUCACCUUUAGCUGUCUUUUAUACAUGCGCAGGAUCAUGACACAUUUUUGAGGGUAUUCAAACAAAAUCACAGUCAUCAACAAUAUUCUUUAUAGGAUUUAAUCUGUUUGUAUAAUCGACUAUUUUUGUGAAAAGACUUUGUAAUGUUGGUUAUCACCAUACGAUGUGCUAUAAACUCAUGAUUGCAUCAGCAUGGACUAGUUCAUACUCACAUGUGGAUCACUUUACAUGUACAUGUACUUUUUGUUAGGAUUUGUGCUGUGCUUGUAAAACAAAGAUAAAACACAUCAACCAUG